AUGGGCCAGAAGAAACGCAUUCAGAUCACAUCCGACGUCACCGCAGACACCGAGCACUUUUACGAGCGCGUCGAGCACCCCAGCACAGGCACGUCAAAGGUUGUCGAGCACAAGCAACCAAGGACUUCGUCCAGCUCCGUGACCAUCACCACCAAUCCGUACGUCGUCGAGACGGACGGGUCACCUGAGAACACGCGGACCAAGCAAGGCGCAUCGGCCACCGUGGAAUUGGAGAAGAAGGGCUACGACACCAGCCAGCUAUAG